UUUUCGCUUUAUAAAAAGGCUUGAAAAAUAAAACAACUGAAAAUUAUUUCGAAUGAAGUUAGCUAAAUGCCCUUCUUCUUGAGACUAAUUUCGAUGUAUCGAAUCGACAUUCGAAUUAUCAGGUCGAGCGAGCGUGUUUCAUCCUGCGUUCAGCAUAACAUGUACAGUGUAACUUGAGAAAAAUAUUGUAUUUUGUUAAUUACGUCAGUUUAUUCGAUUAGGUGAUUUUUCGGACAAUAAUCAUGAGUGACAACGUUUCCAAUGAUUAUAAAGAGUAUGCAAUAGUGUGUUUUCAUUCCAAUGGAACGUAUUCGGAGGUCCCGACUUCUUGGCUCAUUGUAAACGGUGAUGGUUCUUAUAAAUGUUGGUGGCCAGAGGACGAUAGAAAUAUUGCGAAGCAAAUAAAACAAAAAGCUGAAGUUGAGGAAUCAUGUUGGACUUCGUACGAUGUCACUUUGGACAAGUACUGUUCUCGUAAAAGGGCACAAGAUGCUACAUUUGAAUCUGCUGAAGACGUGACGGACAAUGGAGGUAAGAGGCCGAGGAAACGACCACAAUCAUUUUCUAACGAGGAAAUGCCCGAUCAUUCCUUCCAAUCGAGGAAAACAACAGAAUCACCUGAUGACCAUAAUGAUAAAUCACCUUCAGCUGAUUCUAACGGGGAUAUUAAAAAAUUACUUGAAAAAGCAACGCGCACGUGGGCAAGUAUUGAAAUGAAACAAGAUGAUAUAAUAACGAGAUUGGAGGGACUUCUCCAAAAGACAUCGUUUACAAUGUGCUGACGAAAGUGAUAAAAGAUAAAUGUGCCCGGAAAUAUACCUGGAAAGGGCAGAAUCAAAAUGAUAAACCUGCAGCUAUGAACUUACCGUUUAUGAAAUGCAUUAGAGGUAUUUAUAUAUAAUUUGAACAUUUUUUUAUUUUUAGAAAAAUUUUUUUUUAUCUUUUAACUAA